AUGUGGAAAACCAGCAAACCCAAAGGGCCACUGCUGGAGGAGUGUGUGGAGGACACAGGACCCGGCUGCACCCCAUCUGAGCUGGACCCUCCAGGGAAUGCUCCAAAUGCCUGCUCCCGGGGAAGAUGGCGGGAAGUGCUCUGGGCAUCACGGCCCCUGCCCUCCCUCCUACCCCGUGUCCUGUGGCAGGAGAGCCCCUGGACUCUGAUGGAGGUUCCAGAACCUCUGGUGGAGGUUCCAGAAUCAGAGCUAUCUCUGACUGGGUGGCCUCCCAAGGUCGUCCUGUCCUGGGGCAGCGCUAAGGCUGGUGGGCUGCGGUCGGAACUGCCGGGCAGGUGUCACCUGCACGUGCCCAGUGUCUGUCUGCCAGGCCGGGUGCUGUCAGCCAUUGGUGGCUCAAGUUUGCAGGGACCCAGCACCCAGGCUGAGUGCCCAGAGGGUAAAGGGAGCAGUGAGUCUGAGGCCCUUGGCUUGCUGGAGUCUGGCUACAGGGCAGCCCCCAGAGGUGUGGACGCCAAUGCCAGAAGGGUGAUCAGCUUGCGGGCAGCCGCCCCAGUGUUGCCCCAGCUCUGGCCCCAGAUCCACCAGGCUUGGGUGUCUGGGGGCCUCUGGCUGCCCAGCCAUGAGGCCAUGGACAGAGAAGCUCUUGCUUUGUGGCUGCACACCAUGGGCUCCCACAUGUGCCCCCGCCUCGGCUUCUACCUCUGGCUGUGUCUGGGCGCUGCCCUGGGACAUGGGCAGGGACAAGCUGGCCCCCAGUUCCACUGCACGCACCCCAUGCCUGCUGACAUGGUCUUCCUGGUGUAUGGGUCCUGGAGUACUGGCCACAGUCACUUCCAGCAGGUCAAAGACUUCCUGGCCAGUGUCACUGAAUCCUUUGAAAUUGGGCCCGAUAAAGUCCAACUAGGCCUGACUCAGUACAUUGGAGACCCCCAGACCGAGUGGGACCUGAACUCCCUCAGCACCAAGGAGGAGGUGCUGGUCACCAUGCGCAGGCUCCGCUACAAGGGAGGGAACGCGCUCCCAGGUCUCACCCUGACCCACGUGCUGGGACAGAACCUGAAGCCAGCAGCGGGUCUCCAUCCGGAAGCGGCCAAAGUAGUGAUUCUGGUGACGGAUGGCAAGUCCCAGGAUGGCAUGCACACGGCUGCCCGCGUCCUCAGGCACCCAGGUGUUAAUGUGUUCUCUGUGGGUGAGUGCCAUGGCUCAGAAGCUGAGCUGAAGCUUCUGGCAUCCUGGCCGCUGGACCUCACCGUCCAGCACAUGCUGGAUUUCCCACAGCUGCACACAGCCGGCCUGCUCAGCCACCUUGUCUGUCAGAAGGUCCAGGGCAGGAGUCCACAGAGGGUCCUAGCAGCUGCUCCAGCCCUGCACCCCCUCCCAGCGCCCACCAGCCUGGUCUUGACCCAUGUGACCUCCUCCAGUGUCCACCUGUUCUGGACUCCAGCCCCACAGCCGCCCCUCAAGUACCUUAUCAUGCGGUGGCCUUCCAGUGGUGGCACCCCCAGGGAGGUGGUGCAGGAGGGGCCCGCCUCGUCCACGGAGCUUCACAACCUGACCUCCAGCACUAAGUACCUGGUCUCCGUGUUCCCAGUCUACAAGGGUGGAGUCAGCGAGGGCCUGUGGGGCCUGGUGACCACAGCGCCUCUGCCCCCACCCCGGGUGCUGACCCUGGCUGCAGUGACGCCCAGAAGUGCACGCCUCACCUGGCAGCCCUCUGCCAGGGCCUCCCAGUACCUGGUGCAAUGCCGGCCCACCUCCCCCAAGGGCGAGCAGGAGGGCAGAGAGGUGCAGGUAGGUCGGGGGGGGCUGGGCCUUGAUGCAAGUCCCUCCGGGUGUGGGUGGGGAGACCUGAAGUUGGGCAGGGGCUACAAGGUCUCGGUGCAGAGCCUGCGCGGGUCGGAGGCCAGCGAGGCACAGGGCAUCCACACCAGGACCCCCAUACUGCACCCUCCGAAACACCUGCACUUCUCGGAUAUGAGCCAUGACUCAGCCCGUGUGGUCUGGGAGGGCAGCCUGAGGCCCCUGCGCCUGGUCAGGGUCAGUGUCUCCAGCGAGGAUGGCCUCUCAGGGCAGACGGAGCCUCCUGGGAAUGCCACCUCAGCCACCCUGGGCCCUCUCUCCUCCUUGACCACGUACACGGUCCACAUCAUCUGCCUCUACCCCAAGGGCGGCUCCUCCACACUGACUGGCCACGUGACCACGAAGAAAGCCCCUAUCCCAAGCCAGUGGUCAGUGACGGAGCUGCAGGGGGAUAAGGUCUGGCUGGCAUAGGCGACCUCAUCUGGUGUGCUGGUCUACCAGAGCAAGUGGAUGCCCCUAGGUGAGGGGAAGCCCUUCUCUCCCCAGAUCUCUGUCCCAGGAAACCUCAGCACAGUUGUCCUGUCUGCUGGGAGGCACGCUGCAUACGAGGUGACCAUCCUGGCCUACUACAGGGAUGAGUCCUGCAGUGACCCUGUGUCUCUCCACUAUGCCCCCCAUACAGUGAGCAGGAGCCCCCAUUCCAGACCGGCCCUGGCCUUAGAGACCCCCAACAGCCUGCAGGUCAGUGGGACGCCUCCAAGUGGCCACGUCCUCCACUACCGGCUCACCUACGCACAAGCCUCUGGCUUGGGACCAGAGAAAUCGAUCUCUGUGCUAGGACCCAGGAGACUUGUGACACUCCCCAGCCUGCUGGCGGCCACCAAGUACAGGAUCCUGGUCUCUAUCUAUGCAGCAGGAGAGAGCAUGACAGUGUCUGCCAUGGGCCAGACAGCCUGCCUGGCCCUCCACCCAGACAUUUCCCUCCCAGGCGGGUUUGACCCGAUAGUGGCUUUCAGCCUGGUGGAGAAGGAGUACGCCUCCAUUAGAGGUGUGGCCAUGGAACCCUCGCUGCUGGGUGUGACCCGGACCUUCACACUGUUCAAGGACACCCAGCUGAUGCGCAGGGCCAGAGCAGUUGACUCACGCCCCCCACCCCCACAGUGACAUCCACCUGGCCUAGAGCACACUAUUGUCUUCCUUGUGCGCCUGCUCCCCGAAACCCCUCGUGAGGCCUUUGCGCUGUGGCAGAUUAUGGCCGAGGACUUCCAGCCCACCCUCAGGGUUCUGCUGGAUGCCGGCAGGAAGUCGCUGACCUACUUCAACCACGACACCAUGGCUGCCCUGCAAGAAGUCACCUUCAACCUGCAGGAAGUGAAGAGGCUGUUCUUUGGGAGCUUCCACAAGGUGCAUGUGGCCAGCUGCUCCAAGGUCAGGUUGUACAUGGACUGCAGGAGGGUAGCUGAGAGGCCCAUCGGGGACGGGGGGAUCCCACCCACCACCGGCUUCGUCAUGCUGGGGAGGCUGGCCAAGGCCAGGGGUCCUCAGAGCAGCUCAGCCAUGUUCCAGCUCCAGACACUGCAGAUCAUGUGCAGUGACACCUGGGCAGACAAGGACAGGUGCUGCGAGCUCUCCGUGAUGAGGGAUGGAGAGACAUGCCCUGCCUUCCCUUCCGCAUGUGUCUGUUCCUCAGAGACCCCCUGGCCCCUGGGGCCCCAAGGACCUUUGGGCCCCCCUGGGAGGACUGACACCCCAGAGGAGCAGGGCUUCCCAGGGCCCAGGAGUCCAUCAGGGGUCAAAGAAGAGAAGGGGGACCAUGGACUCCCAGGCUUGCAGGGCCACCCGGGCUACCAGGGCUCCCCUGGGAAAGUCGGCCUCCAGGGACCAAAGGGAAUGAGAGGACUGGAGGGGACUGCUGGUCUGCCCAGCCCUCCGGCCCCAGGGUCACCCCAGGCACCUGCCAGACCCUUCCGCAGGGCUCUGCAGGGCACGCGAGCAUCUGGGUUCCAAGGCAUGGCGGGGGCCAGGGGCACCAGCGGGGAAUGAGGAUCCCCAGGGGCCAUGGGGCCCACGGGGCUGCUGGGGCCUAAAGGGGAUUGAGGAGAGAAGGGCGAGCCCCCAUCCAUGGCCUCCAUGUACCAGCUGGUGAGCCCCUGUGAGUCCACCAUCCAGACACACAUGCUGAGGCUCAACUCCUUCCUUCAAGAGAAUGCCAGGCCCCCGAUGCCCAUCAUGGAGGGAAAGAAGCAGACAGGCGGGCCUGGGGCCCUGGAGCCUCCUGGCCGGCAGAGCGAGGACAGAGCCAGUCUGUGCAGUGGAGCAGCCCCCAGGAACACCCCAUACCUGCUUGGCUCCCCGUUUUAUAUGAAGGCAGCUGCCCGGAGCACCCAGCCAUGCCGCAAGGUCCCUGCCAACCUGUGA